CUGAUAGAGCCAGCUAGACAGAGAGAGAAGGAAGGGAGAGAUACAGACACAGACACACUGUGGAUCCAGAGCCUGUGUUUUCAUUUCAUCACCCAGUUCAACCGGCGACACCAGAGAGGAAGGGGACAAGGGAAGAGGAAGACAAAAGGGGAGUUUCAGUGACAGCAGGGAAAGUGAAAGAGAGGCAAGGUGAAGGAGGAGAAGGAAGGAAGGAAAGGGAGGGAGGAAGGAGGCUGGGGCAUGAGGAGGGGCGCCUGACUGACAUUGCUGCUCUCGCUAUCAGCUCAUACACACACACACCGACGUAGGCAGACACACACACUCAACCAGAUUUUGCACUGCACAGUUGCUGCUCUUUUUUUAAUCCUUUGCGGAGCCUUGUCCUCCAUCCUUUCUUCUCCUCUGAGCGAGAGGACAAGAGGGACACAGAGACAGGAGGAAAAGGAGGAGGGAAAAGGACGAGGAGGAGGAGAAGGAGGAGGAGGGGAGGCAGUAACCCUCUCCUCUCCUUUACUCAGACACAGCAGAGAGAGCUAGGGAGAGAAGAGUAAAAAAGAGAGAGAAAGCAGGUUUCUGUUCUAUUUCGCCGUCUCCUGUGGUCCCUCGGCCAGCGAGCGGCUAACAGGCACCGCUCAUGUCCGUGAACUCGGAGAAAUCCUCGUCCCCCGAAAGGCCUGAGACCCAGCAGAAAGCCCCAGUGACUGCCCCUCCUCCCCCACCACCCCCUCCGCCUCCCCCUGAGCCGGCAGGGCCUCCGGAGCCGGAGGAGGAGAUCCUGGGCUCCGACGAUGAGGAGCAGGAGGACCCCGCAGACUACUGCAAAGGAGGGUACCAUCCGGUGAAGAUCGGGGAUUUGUUCAAUGGGAGGUACCAUGUGAUCAGGAAGCUGGGGUGGGGCCACUUCUCCACCGUAUGGCUAUGCUGGGACAUACAGGUGAAGAACUUUGUGGCGAUGAAGGUGGUGAAAAGCGCCCAGCAUUACACAGAGACGGCCCUGGAUGAGAUCAAACUGCUGCGAUGUGUGAGAGAGAGCGACCCCAGUGACCCCAAUAAGGACAUGGUAGUCCAGCUGAUAGAUGACUUCAAGAUCUCUGGCGUCAAUGGCAUACAUGUGUGUAUGGUGUUUGAGGUGCUGGGUCACCACCUGCUGAAGUGGAUUAUUAAAUCCAACUACCAAGGUCUGCCGCUGCCAUGUGUCAAGAGCAUCAUCAGACAGGUCCUGCAGGGUCUGGACUACCUUCACACAAAGUGUAAAAUCAUCCACACGGACAUAAAGCCAGAGAACAUCCUGAUGUGUGUAGAUGAUGCAUUUGUAAGGCGCAUGGCCAUGGAGGCAACCGAAUGGCAGAAAGCCGGAGCCCCACCUCCGUCUGGAUCAGCAGUUAGCACAGCCCCUCAGCUCAAACCGGUGAGUACAACAGAUGUGGGGAAGAUCUCCAAGAACAAGAAGAAGAAGCUGAAGAAGAAACAGAAGCGGCAGGCAGAGCUGCUGGAGAGGCGGAUGCUGGAGAUUGAAGCCCUGGAGAGAGAGGCCGAGAAGAGGGAAGAGAGAGCCAAAGAAGGGGGAGAGAAAGGGGCACUUGAACACAACCUGCCUUCACCGCUGCAGCAACUGCCACCGCCGCCGCUGGGUCCCAGCAUGGCUCUGGGAGAGAGCGACGAGGAUGAUGACGAUGAGGAGGACUGUGAAGACGAGGAGGAGGAGGGAGGAGAGAGGGAGAGGCCCAUUAGGUUGACUAAUCAUACCUGCGCAGCACCUCCCCAGGAGCAGAGCGAGGUACCCCACAUCAGCGAUGACGACCCCGAUGAGGGGGUGGAAGAAGACGAGGAGCCCACGCCUGUCGCUGAAAAAGAUGCCCCCAUUCCCCCCACCUCAGAGGAAGGUUGUGGAGAUCCAACACAAGCAGAGGUAGUGGAAGAGAAGGGGGAGGAGGCAGAGGAGGGAUUGAAAGGGACAGAGGAUGAAAAUGAGGAAGAGGAGGUGGAGGAGAAGGUAGAGGAGCAGGAGGAGGAAGAAGAGGAGGAGAAAGAGACUGAAAGGGAGGAGAAUGAGAGUGAGGAGCCAAAGAGUGAGAGCAAGACAGAGGAGGAGUCAGUUUUGGAAGAAGAGGAAUCAAAGGAGCAGGAGGGGGAGGAUGAGGAAGACGAGGAGGAGGAAGAGGAGGAGGAGGAGGAUGAGGAAGACGAGGAUGACGACACGACUACUGAUCUCCUCACGGACAACACCUCCCCCAUCAAACCCCAUAACAACAAAACCAACUCAGCCAAAACCAACGGCCACGUUCUGUUGGGGUCUGAGGGACUGAAACCGAACCCUGGCACCCCUCCGCCCCCCUCACCCACCCCCGAGCCUCUCCUCUGCCCCCUGGUGGAGUCCGAGCUCAGCUACACAGACAGGGACAACUCUCUCAGCUCUGGUUACGAGAUGUAUAACGGCGAGCUGGGCGAACCGGGGCUGACCAACGGCUCUAGUGAACGCCACAUGGGCACAAUGCCCCUCUUUCCUGACUUGCCCCUGGAUCCUGAGCCGGGAAACCCCAUAUCGGCCGGGGGGGCAGACAUUGGAGCGGGACCGUCACCCAGCAGCCCCACGGCUGACCGUAGUCGCACUGUGUCAUCCUCAAGCACAGGAGACACACCCAAAGUCAGAGCCAGAGCUGCAGACCUCCUGAUCAACCCGUUAGACCCUCGCAAUGCUGACUCUAUUCGAGUCAAAAUCGCUGAUCUUGGAAAUGCCUGCUGGGUGCACAAGCACUUUACAGAAGACAUCCAGACGAGACAGUACCGUUCCAUUGAGGUCCUGAUAGGAGCCGGUUACAGCACUCCCGCAGAUAUCUGGAGUACUGCUUGCAUGGCGUUUGAGCUGGCUACUGGAGAUUAUCUGUUUGAACCCCACUCUGGAGAAGACUACUCCCGUGAUGAGGACCACAUCGCUCUGAUCAUGGAGCUCCUUGGGAAGGUUCCACGCAAAGUGGUCGCUGCCGGGAAGUACAGCCGAGAGUUUUUCUCCAAGAAAGGUGAGCUGCGGCACAUCACUAAACUGAAGCCGUGGUCCCUGUUUGACGUGCUGGUGGAGAAGUAUGGUUGGUCACAGGAGGACGCCGACCACUUCACUCGAUUCCUUCUGCCCAUGUUGGAGAUGGUGCCCGAGAAAAGGGCCUCGGCCGGCGAAUGCCUAAACCACCCCUGGCUCAACUCGUAGCCACAAACUCUGAUCAGAUGUCCUCCUCCCCUUGUCCCCCAACAGUUAGCCCCAACAUCACCCCCUGGUGGCAGCCUGUGGAACAACAGAAUGGUGAGAAGUUGGAGACAAACAGUCAGAGUAGAUGAGAAAAGACUUAAUCUUUUCUGCCCUAUCCCACACAUGCACCCUUACAUGCUUAUCUGACUAGGCUUAACUCCUACACAGCUCCCUCCAUCUAUUCCCAAAAGGAAUGUAAAGACAAGCUUAUGGAGAUAAUGUGACAUAGUAGCUGUGUCUUCCUAAACAUCUCUCAAAAAGAAUCAGAUCAUUUGAGGAUGGACGCUGCUCACACCGUAAAAGGGAGAAGUCAGGCUCUGUCCGAAAGACGUGCUUUCCUCUUCUCUUCUGCCGUCAAGAUGUCAGCCAGUCCCUUGCAUCUAUCUACCCAUCUCCUCCAAAUUCUCGAUUUAACUUGUUUGGAUUCAGUCAGAGGCCACUUUACAGCUGCUGAUCUUUUCAAUGAUGUGAAAGAAAAGUCAACAAGGAACCCUGAUACAGUGCUGAUGGCCCAGAGCUCCAUCUGCCAUGACCUUUACAUAGCCGGGGCCUCAAAGAGAGACAGAUGUGUGUGUUUUAUUGUGUGAGACAAUGAGCGUAUGUGCCUAUACUCAAGAUCUGCCUACAUAGACCCUCCCUCACCCUGCUGUGGAAGACGCACCCACAUUGGACUUAAAGUUUACACCCCAAUUUCUUCCAAGAAUCCAGUCCCAAAAAGCCACUCUUUACUUGUUUGGUUCCCCACUUCCUCCCCUCCUAAAUGAGCUGCAUGCUCCUGCUGGGGGCCACCACAGAGAAAUGGAGGGCAGCCAGUCCUUCAGGGGGCACAACCCUGACAGCUGCCACUCUGACAGGGACAGAAAAAGUACGGGAUGAGCAAGAAAAAAAAACAAAAAAACAAACAAAAAAAAACACAAUCCGUUUAACGUGGAGGAGGACUGCUUGGUCUUUAAAGACUAUUUUUAAAAUGCA